UUGUUCUUAAUUUUGUUUUUACUGGAUUGUGAAACCUGAAUUACACUGUUUUAUUGUUUUAUAGCAAUUUUUAGGGGUUUCAUUGAGGAUUUUAUAUGCUGAGUGCAAUUUACUUGAUUUUUUUUGUUGGAGAUUUCAUAUAAGAUUCAUAUUUAUUGGAAUGGAUUUUGAAAUUUUUGAUGCUUUUAAGCUUAAAAUGAUGGAAUUAUAUGAAGAAAAUGAUGAUUUUUAACAAGUUAUUUGAAUUUUAAGGCUUAUUAUAGAAGGGAUAAGGAAACUAAGUUUGUUUAUCCCAAAAUUAUUAUCAUAUAGCAGAAUGGGAAGGGUUAAGUUAAAGAUAAAGAGAUUGGAGAAUACGAGCGGAAGGCAAGUUACGUAUUCGAAACGUAGAGCCGGGAUCUUGAAGAAAGCAAGGGAGUUGUCCAUAUUAUGUGAUAUAGAUAUUGCUCUUCUUAUGUUUUCCCCGACCGGCAAACCCACAUUAUGCCUUGGAGAAAGAAGUAAUAUUGAAGAGGUUAUUGCUAAAUUCGCUCAAUUAACUCCCCAAGAGAGGGCAAAAAGGAAGCUUGAGAGCCUUGAGGCACUAAAGAAAACUUUUAAGAAAUUGGACCACGAUGUAAAUAUACAAGAGUUUUUGGGCACAAGUACUCAAACUGUUGAGGAGCUGACAAACCAGUCGAGACUCUUGCAAGCUCAACUAUCAGAAAUGCGUAAGAGACUGAGUUGUUGGAGGGAUCCAAAUAAGAUAAAUAAUAUAGAGGAUCUAACAAUAAUGGAAAAUUCUGUCAAGGAAUCACUUGCUCGGGUCACAUUACAUAAGGAAAAUUUUGGGAAGCAACCACUUAUGCUACUAGAUUGUGAUCAGUUCCCGAAUGGAAUGAAUCUUCCUCUAGUAAUGGGUGGUGACCAGCAAGCCCAACCACCAAUAUGGCUUCCUAAUAAUGACGGUCAAGAAAUGAUGUUACGGGAGAAUCCAAAUGUACUAGCUCAGAGAAAUAUAGAAUGCUCUACAGAUCCCUCUAUUCACAACUAUAAUGGCUAUCACCUUGGCACGGGUAAGCAACCAGAGAUGGAUAGUGCAUGUCAAGAGGGUAGUACAUUGCAUGAACUAAAUAGAAAUGCUUGCUUGAGUUUACAACUUGGUGGCCAGAUGCCUUCUUUCGCGUCUUAUAGUCUUAAUUUGCUAAAUAAUAAGAGUUUUAAGGCUGAUGAAAAAAUGACUUUACAAGAACCUCCAAUGGAUUAUCAAGUUAGUAGCAGCAACAGUUUUGAUCCACCCAGUCAUAGAUACGACACAUAUGAAUCUGGUUGGGCAUCUAGUUCUGGACAUUGUGCUGUUCCCAUGUUUGAUGGAACGUUAUAUCAUCCCCAUCCCCGUGCCCAGCAACCAAAUUGACAAGGCUUGAGUGAUGCAUUUCAUUAUUUGUCAACGAUGGUCAUGAGAGGACUACCAUGAGAUAACUUUUUGUUUCUAAAAUCCCCAAAAACCGUAUGGAAUUGAAUCAGUGGUAGCGACGAUAUUUGUCAUGCACUUCGUCUCCAUAUACAAAUAUCAACGGUAAUCGUCCUACUCUUAGUGAUUAGAAGCGAUCUGUUGUGAUAAUUAUACGUGUAUAAGAUGGAAGAGUUCGGGAUAUUCAUAAUCUUCCUUUGGUGAACUUGAGAAAUAUAUGAAAUUUUUCGAGACAGUUGUACAAUAUACCAAUUAGUAGGAUCUACUUUCUUGAUAUGCUCCUUUUAUUCCCGAGAAUGAGAAUGAAUCUUUUACGUUCUCAUUUCAUAGUUUUUCUGUGUAAAUUAUAUAUAUAAUCAAUGUUGAACAUUAUAAUUCAUAAAGUUAUAAAACAAUUUUGAGUCU